AUGUGGAUUCACUCUCAUGUCGGCAUACUCUCCAGCAAAUCGCCCGAUGAGUUGCGUCUUCUAAUGUCGGAUCCGGUGUCGGCUGCUGUCGCUGUUGGGUGGGCCAUGAAGGCCGCUGGGUGGGUCGCCUCGCCCAUCAUCUCUGAGCUUUACAAGAAGGCCUCCUCCGUCCUCAACUUGGAUGCUUCGGGGAAGCACAAGGAACUGGAGCCAAAGAUUUUGCUGCUACAGCGCGUGAUGGAAGUAGUUGAGGAGAGCCCUUACAGGCCUUGUCUGGAGCAGCUGUUCAGCGAUCUGAAGUCUGCUUUCUACGAAGCAGAGGACAUCUUGGAUGAUGUUGAGUAUUACCGUCUCGAGAAACAGAUACAAGAUGACUAUCUCAAGUUAGAGGUGGCCACGCCUCGACGGAACAAGAAUCGUGUGAAGAAGCUCUUGAAGUCUGCCGUGAAAAAGUGCAAUGCCCUGAAAGAUGAGCAGUGUGGCAUGUCAAAAAUCGAGUUGAAGCAGAGCCUAGAAAAAAUAGAAAAGGUCAUAAAUGAUGCAUGUGGAUUUUUUGAACAGAUGAACUUUACAAACAAAAGUAACACUAAUCUGACCAAACCUGCCAACUCACGAGGUGCAGUCACUACGGCGAGGCCUCCAUCUGUGGUCAUCGGACGAGAUAAAGAUUGUGAUAACAUAGUAGCAAUGCUUCAUGAUAAGGAAGAAGGUGCUCAACCAGACACCAAGAGUGUUCAAUGUUAUUCCGUAAUCGGCAUUCAUGGCAUCGGUGGUUCUGGGAAAUCAACCCUUUCACAACUUGUUUGUGCCCGUGAGCAAAAGGAUGGUCAUUUCAACCUUGUUAUGUGGGUUCACGUUUCUCAGGAUUUUAGUGUGGAUACCAUUUUCGGGCAGAUGUCUGAGGCCGCUAGCAGGACCCCGUGCCCUCAGUUCAAUAAUCUUGACACCUUACAAACUAAUUUGGAGAAGGUACUGCAUGGGAAACGGUUCCUCUUGGUACUAGAUGAUGUUUGGUACAAUAAUAGAGAUGUGAGGCAGUAUGAGAAGCUGCAACAGAUACUUUCACCGCUGAACGCUGGAGAAGCAGGAAGCAAGAUCCUGGUGACUAGCCGAACUAAAGAUGCAUUGAUAGCUCUGGGUGCUGCAGAGCAGAGAUGUAUUCCCAUGUCAGUCCUAGGUGAAGAUGUCUUACUGAAAUUGUUCAAGCACUAUGCAUUUCACAACGUGUGCGUUGCUGCUGAUGACCGAAUAAGACUCGAAGACAUCGCGACUCAGAUUGCAAAAAAGCUAAAGGGGUCGCCUCUAGUGGCCAAAAUUGUUGGAGGGCAGCUACGUAUGAGGCCAAACAUUGAUUACUGGAGAAUUUCGCGAGAUGGGAACCACUUGGAUGACACCAUGGGAGCUCUGUGGUGGAGCUACCAACAUCUUGAUGAACAGGUCAGACAAUGCUUCGCUUACUGCAGUAUUUUUCCUCGGAGACGUCAGUUGGAACAACAUGAGUUAGUUAAGCUUUGGGCUGCAGAAGGGUUUGCUAGAAGUAGCGAUGAAGGGAAGGAUUCAGAAGAUGUUUGCCAGGGAUACUUUGAUGUACUAGUGUCAGCCUCAUUUCUGCAACAUGGAGUAGGGAAGUACUCCAGUAAAACGGACGCUUAUAUAGUUCAUGAUCUGUUGCUUGAUUUAGCGGAUAAGGUCGCUGGAAGUGAUUGUUUCAGAAUUGAGAAUCGGUGGAAAAGGUCAGGAGAUAGCUGGACAAUGGAAGGAUGUGAAGAUGAAGUUCCCCCAGACAUCCGCCAUGUUUUUGUUCAGACCUAUGGUUCGGAAUUGAUCAAUGAGAAAAUAUGUAAAUUGGACAACCUGCGCACUCUCAUCAUUGACAGUGCAGAAGGGAGAACACCAGUUGAGGAGAAAGUCCUCAAGAGUCUGUUUGUGAGGCUAAGGAAGUUGCGGGUGCUUACAUAG